UUUGUAAGGUUGGCUACAUUUACCUAACAAAGGUAAAAUGACAACAGCAGUGUCAAAAUAAAAAUUUGAGGGGUUUACACUCAACGUUAAAUCCCAGGGUGGGAAACUGUUCAGUUACUCAAACCCACUGAAGACUCGAUUGCACUCUCUGGACAAGUUAUCUGACGGACCGCAACACCAGCCCAACUCCUUUCCACUCAAUAUGAAGAUGCAAGGGGGCGAUUAUGAUGAUCAGACCCUCUUCCUCGGGGAAUGGGGACCUUUCCAACGGAUAGUGUUCUUUCUCUUAUGCUGCAGCAUCAUACCCAAUGGAUUUACAGGACUGUCCAUUGUGUUUAUGGGCGACACUCCGUCUCACCACUGCCAUAUUCCCGCACACUACAACAUCACAGUCCAAUGGAGAAACGUUUGUAUUCCCUGGGAAGAAUAUGGUGGGACAAUCCGACUCAGUAGAUGUACCAGAUACAGACUUGAUUUGAUUAAAAGUUACUCAGACAAAGGCUACGAGCCUUGGAUAGACGUGAACGUUUCAGAAAUACAACAAGAGGUGUGCAAGGAUGGAUGGGAAUACGACCGGCAGCAAUACAUAUCUACUAUUGUCUCUGAGUGGGAUCUGGUGUGUGCUGAUGACUGGAAAACUCCCAUGACCUCCUCGGUGUUCUUCUUUGGAGUCCUUACUGGUUCCUUUGCCUCUGGACAGAUGUCUGACAGGUUUGGAAGGAAGAUAGUGCUCUUUAGUACUAUGGCAGUUCAGACGAUAUUUACUCUCAUUCAGGUCUUCUCUCCAUCAUGGCUCUGGUUUUGUGCCUUUUAUUUCAUAGUUGGCAUGGGACAAAUUUCCAACUAUGUAGCUGCAUUUAUUUUAGGGAUGGAGAUUUUGAGCCCAUCAGUCCGAAUCCUGUUUGGGACUUUGGGUGUGUGCCUCUUCUUUGCUUUGGGCUACAUGUUGUUGCCUCUGGCGGCAUAUCUCAUCCGGGACUGGCGGAUGCUGCAGCUUGCCCUCACACUACCAGGCUUUCUCUGCAUUCCUCUGUGGUGGUUCAUUCCAGAGUCUCCUCGCUGGCUUUUGUCUCAGGGUAGAGUGGCGGAGGCAGAGGCCAUACUGAGGGAUGCAGCCAGGAGAAACGGAGUGACGGCCCCAGAGGUCAUCUUUGAGCCCAUUCAGCAAGCCAACCAAGCUGAAAAAAUUGAGUCCCAUAACAUCUGUGAUCUGGUGAAGACCAACAACAUCCGCAGCGUAACUAUCGUGCUGUGCCUGGUCUGGACUACUCUCUCAAUUGGAUACUUUGCCUUGUCUCUGAACACGGCAAACCUGCAUGGGGACUCCUACCUGAACUGUUUUCUGUCUGCGGCCAUUGAGCUGCCAGCAUACACCGUAGCCUGGCUUAUGUAUCGAUACUGGCCACGGCGCAUGUGUCUCUUCCUCUCUCUCUUUCAGGGAGGAGUUGUGCUGCUUUUCAUUCACCUCAUACCACAGCAUAUGAGCAGUAUUGCCAUCACACUUGAGAUGCUGGGGAAGUUUGGUGUGACGGCUGCCUUUGCUAUUGUGUAUGCCGUCACCGCAGAGCUCUACCCCACUGUGCUGAGGAACACGGCGCUUGGCACAUGUUCCAUGGCAUCCAGGGUGGGCAGUAUCUCUGCUCCGUACUUCAUCUAUCUGGGCAACUACUACAGAUCACUGCCGUACAUAUUAAUCGGCACCCUUAGUGUUCUCUCCGGGUUUCUCAGCCUCCUGCUGCCGGAAAGCCUUGGAAUGCCACUUCCUGAGAGCAUCAAUCACAUGCAAACAAUCCCAUGCUGCAAGAGAAGUGAAAGAUCUAAAAUCUAUAAUCUCACCAGUGAUAAAGGAGAUGAGGAUCGUCCAGUUGAAACUAUGUGACAGAUCCACCUGAUCCAACAUUACACGUCUACUUAGUGGACUGAAACAGUGAAGUUACUGUAGACAGGGUGUUACAUAGUUACAUUCAUUUUUCACUUAUUUCAGUUUUUAUUAUGGUCAUUUACUAAUAAUACACAUUCAUACAGUCUCUCACAGACACUCAUACCGAGAUACAUGUUGAGUCUUAAUUGUGCAAUUUUAAAUUCUCUACGGUAAGCCAAAGCGACCAAAAAAAGACAAAAAUAUAUACUACUGUAAUAGAGUAGCUAGAUAAAAAUAAAAUGUUUUAAAAUAGCCUUUUUAAUAAUAAUAAAUUAGACUGAGUGCAGGAUAAAACAUGUGAUUGACAUUUUACUGAGUUGCAUGAUUCUUUGUGUCUUGACAACCUUGAAGUAUUUGAUGAUUUUGUAAAAUGCAAAAUUGAAUAUUUUGUGAAAUAUAUGUCUGUCUUUGUUUGUACUUAAGUCAAGAUGGCAUACCAAAGUUGUUCAUAGUUUGACCUCCAACACCACUGUAUUAAUGUUCUGUGUCCCCACUCGGGUCCUCUUCUUUGGAGUGGCAUGAGCAUUUAUUCCUGAUAAAUGAAAUUAGCAACAGAAUUAUAUAAAAUUACAUUAUUUAGUAAUAGAAUAAAAGUUCCAACCAUACAAUCUGACUGCUUGAAACCCGUUCCACCAGUGUUGUUAUUUCUCAUUACAAAUGUUUUCUUACCUACUAAGCUCAUUAGUUUGACAAGCUAGCUGACAUGUUAACAUUGUUAUGUCUUCGAUGUAGACUCAAAUAUGAUUUGUGGAGUAGCUUUUUGGGGGGAUGAAAUGUGGCAUAUUAAAGCACUUUUUGCGACAAUA